AUGAAAGUACAAAUAAUAUUUGGCCAUAUUCAACUGUCAGCAUAUAUAUACUGUAAAGGAAAUCUUUAUUGGCGUGGACAUGAAGAACAGAAGGAAUAUUUUGAUGUUAGCUACUCCUAUACAGACGAGGACAAUAAUUCAGGAGAUGAAACUUUUAUAUUCGAGGACAAAGAGCGGAUCAUUGCAUUUGACAUUGGCAGUGAGACAUUUCAUGUUAUAUCUUUUCCAAAUGGUUAUUAUUACUAUCAUAAGGUUUUUGGCUUGUGGAAUGACUCCAUCGCAGUGAGUACUAGUUGGUGUUCGGAAAAUCCAUGCAUAGACAUAUGGGUGCUGGAUAACAUUGGUGGGGUUAAGCGGUCGUGGAUAAACUGCUUAUCCAUUGAUCCAGUUGUGAACAUUGAAUUUCCAUUGGCAUUUGUUGGGAGGAGUGGGCAAUCUCUUUUGGUUGCCGUGGAUCGUUGUGUAGUAAUUUUGUGUGACUAUUCUACCUCAAAAUUGAAGUAUCUUCCUGUUAAUGGAGUGUCUCUCUGGAACUCUCAAGCUCUUUUUUACGUGAAUAGUGUAGUUUAA